AUCUCGCGUCCAUAAUCUCCUCUCGCGAGAGCAUCUCGCGCCAUUUCAAGCGCAAGAACUUAACGUCGCGCCGACGACGGAAGAGCGGUCAAAGUCAAUCUCGGCGACGUUUGACACUUAUUGUUGCUAUAGCAGCAGACCAGGGGCUGAGGAGCGAGCAAGAUGGCGGACGACCUGGACAUCGAGGCUAUGCUGGAGGCUCCCUACAGGAAGGGCCCUUGAGAGGCGUCCCAGCGCAGCACCCACAGAGGAAGAAGAGUCUCUGCCGCCCGAGUCGGCCGCCCGCCUCAGCUCUGACCCCCUCCCCCAGCGCGCAAAAAGACGACAAGACGGCCAGCCCCAAUGCCGGGGAUGAACAGGCCAAGAGGAAGAAGCGCAGCCGCAGUCGCGACAGGAAGCGCAGUAAAAGUCGAGAGAGGAAGAGGAGCCGCGAGCGCAAGCGCAGCCGGGAGAAGCGGCGCAGUCGCAGCCGAGAGCGCCGGCGCAGCCGUGAGAGGGGUGGCCGCUACAGAGACUAUCACAAGGCACGGAAGCGGUCAAGGAGCAGGAGUCCCAUUAGGAGGGAGAAAAGUCCAAUCAGAAGAGACAAGAGUCCCAUCCGGAGGGAGAAGAGUCCCAACAAGCCUCUGGUGGACAACUUGACUCCAGAGGAGCGAGAUGCCAGGACCGUCUUCUGCAUGCAACUGGCUGCCCGCAUUCGCCCUCGAGACCUCGAGGACUUCUUCUCUGCUGUGGGGAAGGUUCGAGACGUGAGGAUGAUCUCGGACAGGAACUCGCGUCGGUCUAAGGGCAUCGCUUACAUCGAGUUUGUGGAGGCCAGCUCUGUUCCUCUCGCCAUCGGGCUGACGGGACAAAGGCUACUGGGAGUUCCCAUAAUUGUGCAGGCUUCGCAGGCCGAGAAGAACCGGGCAGCCGCCGCCGCCGCUGCUGCCAACAACCUUCAGAAAGGUUCGUUGGGGCCCAUGAGGCUCUACAUUGGCUCGCUGCACUUUAACAUUACGGAGGAGAUGCUGAGAGGAAUCUUUGAGCCCUUUGGAAGGAUCGAAGGCAUCCAGCUGAUGAUGGACAGUGAGACGGGCCGUUCCAAAGGCUACGGCUUCAUCACAUUUGCAGACGCAGAGUGCGCCAAGAAAGCUCUGGAGCAGCUCAACGGCUUUGAGCUGGCAGGUCGGCCCAUGAAGGUGGGUCACGUGACAGAGCGGAGCGACGGCUCGGCCGCUGCCUCCCUGCUGGACAGCGAUGAGCUGGAGCGCACCGGUAUCGACCUGGGUACCACCGGGCGGCUACAGCUUAUGGCCCGCCUCGCCGAAGGUACGGGCCUGCAGAUCCCUCCCGCUGCCCAGCAAGCGCUGCAGAUGAGCGGUGCCAUCGCCAUCGGCGCCAUGGCCGCCGUCUCAGCGGCCAUGAAUCCGUCCAUGAACCUCAACAUGAACCCCCCGGCGCUCAACCUUCCCUCUCAGCCUUUGGCCACGCACUGCUUCCAGCUCUCCAACAUGUUCAACCCCAGCAGUGAGGAUCAUCCUGGCUGGGAGGUAGACAUCCAGCACGAUGUCAUUGAAGAGUGCAACAAACACGGCGGUGUCGUUCACAUCUACGUGGACAAGAACUCAACAGAGGGCAACGUGUACGUCAAGUGUCCGUCCAUCCCCGCUGCCAUGGCGGCCGUCGGCGCGCUUCACGGACGAUACUUUGCAGGCAAGAUGAUCAAGGCGGCAUACGUGCCGCUUCCCGCCUACCACAACCUGUUCCCGGACGCCGCCACCGCCACGCAGCUGCUGGUGCCGCCCCCGCGCCGAUGACUUAGCCGCGCCGCAAUGUUUUGAUGAGUUCUUUUUGCAUCAUUCAGUGAGCUUCUCACUAUUGACUUCCUGUCGUGUUGAAAAUGUCAAGGGUGUGGCCUCCGUCCAUCGCGGGCCCGUGCUGUCCAAUGAAUGAGCUCUGUGAGCUGCGAGGAGGCCCAUUUGUCUUGGUUUUCUAAUAAAAUCCUUUAUGAAACUUUA